AUGUACCAUCAUCAAGAUAACGAAACUCGGAUGCUCAUGAUGCCAAUAUUGAAGACGGAUUAUGGAGACGAUUCAGAAGAAGAUUAUAUAGAAGAAACACCGGCAUUGAAUGUUAUACCAAGUGAUGAAUCAAACCAAGAAGAGGAGCCACAAGAACAACUAGCCCUGUCAAAAAUACCCGUUACCCGAAUUACCCUUGUUCUCACUUCGCAGUCCACUCGUCAUCGUUCGUCACCGGUCAAUCAGCUUCAGGCGAGUCGCCGGUCAUCAGUCGGUCGCUGCCUCGCCGGGUCAUUGGGUAUUCAGAUGUCAAAUACGGAUGACUAUAUUGAAGUGGAAGAUGAGACCAUUGAAGUUGAAAACCCAACCAAUGAUCAAGUUCCACAAGAAAAACAGAAAAAAACUAAAGAAUUCAACCCACGAUCGAAAGUUUGGAAAGAAUUUGAAAGGUAUAAGGAUGAAAAUGGUGUACAAAGAUGUAAAUGCAAGCAUUGUGGUGGUGGGAAUUACAAGUGCGAAUCAAGUGGUUAUGGGACAAAAAAUCUAGGUUAUCAUUUAACGAAAUGUAAAGCUUACUUGGAUAAACUUAGUGGUGGGCAAAAACAACUAAUUUUUCAAUAUGGUGAUGAAAACAAAUUGUCAACUUGGAAAUUUGAUCAAAAUGAGAGUCGUAAGGCUCUAGCCCACAUGUUGGUAGUUGAUGAACUUCCUUUUAGCUUUGUAGAAGGUGCGGGUUUUAGUGCGAAUGAUGUGGCAAUUGACUUCUUGAAAAAAAGUUUUCAAAACUCCAACACGUGUCUUCUAAAUGGGAAAUGGAUGCAUAUUCGAUGUGUUGCCCACAUUUUAAAUUUAGUGGUGCAAGAUGGCAUAAAAAAAGUUGAUAAGGCGGUUGAGAUAGUUCGAUGGGCGGUUAAAUGGAUUAGGCAAUCGCCUUCUAGAAUUCAUAAGUUUACCGAUUUUGCUAAGGUUGCUAAUCCCGGUAUAACAAAACACUUGAAGAGAGAUGUGCCAACAAGAUGGAACUCUACUUACCAUAUGUUGGAAAUUUCACAAGCUUACGAAAAAACUUUUGAGAGAUAUGAUCUUGAGGAAUUUGAUUUUCGGUACGAAAUUGAAAAGGCCGGUUUGUCGAUACCUUCAUCAAGCGAUUGGGAAAGGGUUAGGAAUAUAUGUCAUUUUUUAAAACCUUUUCAUGAUGUUACUUUGAGGAUUUCCGGGACACUUUAUGUGACAUCAAACACGUGCAUUGAAGAUAUAUAUUCCAUUCGUACGCUCUUGGAUGAUGCUAUUUCUGAUUCCACUCUUUGUGAUAUUGCAUUGGCCAUGAAAAAAAAGUUUGAUAAGUAUUUUGGCGAUGUAGAAAAAAUGAAUUUAUUGCUCUACUUUGCAUUGAUUCUUGAUCCAAGGAACAAAGUAAAGUAUUUGGUUAUACUACUUGAGGAUCGUUAUGGAGAAAAUGGGGUGGAGGCCAAAAAGAAAUAUAUCAUGGAUUCUAUGUAUGAAUUAUAUAAUGAUUAUAUUAGAAUUCAUUCUCCAAUUUCUACUUCAAGUACUGCCGAGUCUACCACUUCAUCAUCAAUAUUAGGGAAACACCAAAACCCGGAUUUUAUGGCACCUAACCCCCCAUUGAGAAAUAAACUAAGAGAAAAGAUGAAGACGAACAUAGUUGAAUCAAUUGGGGAGUUAGAAAAGUAUUUGCAAGAAAGUGUUGAAGACGACUUGGAAAUGUUUAAUAUUCUAGAUUGGUGGAAAGUGAAUAGUCCAAGAUUUCCAAUUCUAUCAUUGAUGGCAAGAGAUGUGUUCGCCAUUCCCGUCUCAACGGUGGCUUCAGAAUCCGUUUUUAGCACUAGUGGAAGGGUUUUGGAUCCGUUUAGGAGUUCUUUGACUCCUAAGAUUGUUGAAAGUUUAAUUUGUACACAAGAUUGGAUUCGGGGUAGCAUAAGUGACACAAUCGAUUAUGAAAAAGAUUGGGAAGAAAAUCAACAAAUUGACAAAGAUCCAAACCGGAAUGGUACAACUUCAAUAAACAAGCAUUUUAAUGGGUGCAAGUUAAAUCCAGACAACAUACCGAAACAAGUUGAUGACAAACAACAAAAGUUGUCAUUUACGAAAGCUCCUAAUGGUGAGGGUCAUGUAUACACAUGGAAACAUGAUGAUACUAGGAUCCAAAUUGCCUUGCUAGGGCUUUUCACCAUCGGGGAACUACCAUUUAAAUUCAUUGAAAAUGAGGCAUUCAUAGAAUUUGUAAACGCCCUCAAUGGUAGGGUGAAAUUGCUUUCAAGGCAUAAAUUUUCUCGUGAUGUUGUGUCAUUCUAUUUAAUGGAGAGGCCGAAGUUGUACAAACAUUUGAGCAACCCCAAAACAGCCAUCCACUUGACAACCGACACGUGGACAUCCUCGGGUCAAAAGAUAAAUUAUAUGGUUGUCACGGCCCACUUCAUUACCGAAGAUUUUGUCAUGCACAAAAGGGUAGUCAACUUUAGAGAGGUUGAUACUCACAAAGCUGAAGACAUGGCCCGGGAGUUGCUAAUUUGCAUAAACGAGUGGGGGAUGAAGAAUGUCAUGACGAUGACCGUUGAUAAUGCCAAGACAAAUGACGCGGCAAUCAACAUCAUUGUGAAAGAACUACCGGGUAUUUACGAGAAUGGCAAACAUUUUCACAUUAGGUGUAUGGCUCAUAUCAUAAACCUAGUUGUGAAAAUGGGGUUGAAACACGAAGUUUAUCAUGUAAAAAACCUACAAGAUGCAGUGAAAUACAUUAGAGCCUCCCCGCAACGGAUCAAGACGUUUAAACAAGCCAUGAAGGAUGCGGCUGUAGAAAGUCGAAGGUUUUUGUGUGGUGAAACUCCAACAAGGUGGAACUCUACCUUUGAAUUGCUAAGAUCAGCGUACGAUGUGAAAGACGCAUUUCUCAAAUAUAGCCAUCAAGAUCCACUGUUUCAGAAAACUGUGGGAAGGGUACCAUCACAUUCAGAUUUUGAGAUGAUUAAAAAGAUGAUGGAGUUCCUUGAGAAGUUUAAGAAGAAAACUGAAAAAGUUUCGUGUUCAACAAAGCCUAUCUUCCAUACGUAUACCCGGGAGAUUCUAGAUAUAGAGCAACAUCUUAGGAAACUUGAAACCAACCCGGAUUUUAUGUUUAUGGUACCGGAUAUGAAAGAUAAAUAUGACAAAUAUUGGGGUGACUAUGAUACUAUAAGUGAUUAUGUCUUCUUUGCGACAUUGUUAGAUCCUCAAUGCAAGUCAAAGUUUAUGAAAGUUGUUUUUACCCAAAUGCUUAAAGCCGAAAACAAAGAUAAAAAGAUGUCUGCUGAUGAGAUAGAAUCCAAAUCACGUGCAAAGGUUAUUGAUAUUGAAUGCAAAUUGGACAAGUUUUUCAAGACAUACUUGGAAAGGUCAAACAUGACCUCAUCGUCUCAACAAGAAACUCCCGAAGAAGUUGUUAAUUUUGAUGACGAAAACGAAUUCUUUGGAAGCUAUAUGACUUCGGGAAGUUUCCCCUCGACUUCGUCAGAAAGUCAAUUGCAACGAUACUUAAACGAGGACCCAAUCGGAUUUGACAAAGGAUAUGAUAUCCUCACAUGGUGGAAAAAUAAUGCGGUGCGGUUCCCGAUCGUUGCUCGAAUGGCAAGAGAUAUUUUGGGGAUGCAAAUUUCCACCGUAGCAUCCGAAUCAACAUUCAGUAAUGGUCGUCGAGUAAUUACCGACUACCGUACUAAUUUGUCCGUUGUGAUUGUGGAGGCAUUGAUAUGCACUCAAGAUUGGCUAAGAAAGAGUAGCUUGCCUAUAUAUGACUACGACGAAGUGCACGAUGUGUUAGCUGACGAUGACCUCGCUAUCGACAUUGUGGAUGCUAUACACAACUUGAAGCUAACGGGGAAGAGAUCGGGAAAUUAGUCAAAAUAUCAAAGAAAUGUUGGAAUCCACAUAUUAGACUUUUUUUUUGUUGGUGAAACUUGGAAGUAUAUUUUGAAUGUCGAAAGUGUAUUUUGAAUGUUGAAUGUUUGAAUGUUGGAUACUUAAUAAUAUAACUUUGACGACAUCCAUGUUUAAUUUGCUUGUAAUAAUUUAAAUAAAAGA